AUGGCCUCAGAACAGAGCCAGUACUUUCCUCCACCACCACCAGGCGGAGGAAGCCAGGAGCAGCAACGCUUCGAACCACCUCCGACCAACGGACAGCAGACCUACUUCGCACCACCUCCUCCACAAGCAUCACAACAACAACAGCAGUUCGCUCCUCCACCAUCCUUCGCACCGCCGCCGAGUGUCUCGCCUCCUUCAACGUCAGACGGCACUCGAAACUAUGUGGUAACCCCUACUCCUCCGCCGCAAGACGACAAGUCCCUGCCAUACUAUCCCGGUCCACCCUCGACUUCCUACCCAUCUGAGAAGCAGAAAGAGCCAGAGGUGAUGUCAAUUGCGAGCCCACGUCAACAAUCCUUCAACACAAACCGCACAUCCAGCAUGCCCGGUGGUGCACCUCCACCAGGGCAUUUCACGGGUGCGCAAGCAACAGUAGACGAUGUGGGAACCUUUAAUGGUGGAUCUUAUAGAAUCAGCCACCGUGACAGCAAUACGAUCGUCACAAUUCAGCUCGCCAUGGGCUGUCCUUUGACAGUGAAGCCUGGCGCCAUGAUUGCCAUGAGUCCAACGAUCACGGUCAAAGGAAACUUCAAGUUCAGCGUCAAGAAGCUGAUCGCAAGAGGAGAGAUGUCGCUGAGCACAUUCACCGGUCCGGGAGAGCUUCUACUCGCUCCAAGCGCAAUUGGAGACGUGACACAACUUCGACUCAACGGAAGCGAGAACUGGAACGUAGGCAAGGACGCAUUCUUGGCCUGCACCCAAGGCAUCACCAAAGACUAUGUCAGCCAAAACCUGAGCAAAGCCAUCUUCUCCGGCGAAGGCCUGUUCAUCUACAAGAUUGGAGGUGUCGGCAUCGUCUGGAUCCAGAGCAUGGGUGCUAUCAUUAGGAAAGAUCUCCGCGACGGCGAGAAGUACAUCGUUGACAACGGGCAUCUCGUGGCCUGGAAUUGCAACUACGUGCUCGAAAGAGUGGCGAGUGGUGGCAUCAUCAGCAAUCUCAGUGCUGGUGAGGGGCUCGUAUGUAAAUUCCAAGGCCCUGGAACUGUAUUCCUUCAAACGAGGAACCCGACACAGUUCGCGGCUUAUAUGGCAGCCCAUGGUGUCAUGUAG